UGAGCAGGUCUGGAUGGUGCCUACUGAGGGCGCCACAGAGAGACGGGGGGGGGCUGGAAGUCACGCGCCUGGCUUUGUAAUUAGAGGCGGGGCCGGACUAAGCUAAAGAGCAGAGAGCGGCUGACAAGCUGGUGCUCCUGGUGUAAGGAGUAGAUCUCUAGCUGAGAGUGGAGGUGGAGCUGGAAAACUUAGCAGUAACAAACUUGAGAAAGGAUAUUGUAUCCUGUAUACCAGUGCCAAUGAUACCUGAAUCUUGCAGCCAUGUAUUGGCAGAGUUUGAGUGCCUCAGUCCACUGCUUUCUGCUCUCAGGCUGGAUUCUAGUCGUUUGAAGUGCACAUGUAUAGCAGUUUCUCAAAAAUGGUUGGCUCUGGGUAGUUCAGGUGGAGGACUCAACCUCAUCCAGAAAGAUAGCUGGAAACAGAGGCUUUUUCUCACUCAUAAGGAAGGUGCCAUUUCCCGCAUUGCUUUUUGUUUAUAUGACGAGGACUAUGUUGCCGUAGCUACAAGUCAAGGCCUUAUUGUUGUCUGGGAACUGAAUCAGGAACGUCGUGGGAAGCCAGAAAGGAUUUAUGUUUCAUCUGAGCACAAAGGCAGAAAAGUAACAGCUCUUUGUUGGGAUACCAGUGCACUCCGUGUUUUUGUUGGUGAUCAUGUGGGGAAAGUGUCUGCCAUCAAGAUUAAUACAUCUAAACAAGGAAAGGCUACCACUGCAUUUGUGAUGUUUCCAGUUCAGAUUAUAACCACUGUUGAUUCUCGUGUGGUUCAGCUUGAUUAUUUGGAUGGAAGGUUGCUUAUCUCUUCUCUUACUCGCUCUUACUUAUGUGACACGGAGAGGGAAAAGUUUUGGAAAAUUGGAAACAAGGAAAGAGAUGGUGAAUAUGGAGCUUGUUUUUUUCCAGUUGGAAAGAGCUGUGGGAGCCAGCCGUCAUUGAUAUAUUGUGCCCGUCCUGGUUCACGGAUGUGGGAGGUGAACUUUGAAGGGGAGGUGCUAAGUACGCAUCAAUUCAAACAGCUCUUGUCGUCACCACCUCUCCCUGUUAUUACUCUAAGGGAUGAUCUGGAGUAUAAUGUUUCUGCCUGCUCCCCUCAGUCUUUGGCUUUUCCCAGGCUGCUUUUUUUGAGUGAGCACUCUAUAAUGACAUGGACAGAAAGAGGCAUUUAUAUUUUCAUUCCCCAAAAUGUUCAAGUUUUGCUCUGGAGUGAAGUGAAAGGUAUCCAUGAUAUUGCAAUACAUAAAAAUGAGCUCUUCUGUUUGCACACCAAUGGAAAAGUCUGUCAUCUCUCCCUUCUGCCGGUGGAAAGAUGUAUAGACCGUUUGCUUAGAAGAAGCUUCUGGAAUCUUGCAUCUAGAGUGUGCUGCCUCUUCCAGAAUUGUGUUGUCUCAUGUCGAGCAAGAAAAGCUCUUCCCGUAGAUAAGCUAGAGCACUUGAAAUCACAGUUGGAUCUUUCAACACAAAGUGAUAUCAUUACUCAACUUGAAGAACUGAUUUCAAAGCUUGAGCCUUUAGAUUCUGCAUGCAGCAGCAGGAGGAGCAGUAUUUCUUCACAUGAAAGUUUCAGCAUAUUAGAUUCUGGAAUUUAUCGUGUUAUUAGUCGAAGAGGCAGCCAGUCUGAUGAGGAUUCUUCUUCCUUGCAUAGCCAAACCCUCUCAGAAGAUGAAAGGAUGAAAGAAUUUCACACACACCAGGAAGAAGAGCAUCAGGAACCUGACAGUGUAUCUCAUGCUUCUGUGGUGGUCGACACUGAUCGGAAUGAGGCUUUUCUUCCAUUCAGUAUUCCAUUGUCAUUCCGUUCCCCAUCCCCCCUCGUGUCUCUUCAAGCUGUCAAGGACAGUGUUUCUAGCUUUGUACGCAAGACCACAGAGAAGAUUGGUACUCUUCAUGCGAGUCCUGAUAGAAUCAGACAGGACAUUAAAGAUGAAGAACAACUGCCAGAAGUGACUAUGGCAAUAGUAGCACAACCUCGAGGAGGGGAAGAAGAGGUUGAGCUACAGAGCCAGCCUCAAGAAGAGGACCACCUUAAAGACCUCAGGGCAGCAACUAUAGAGACCCUGACCAGACUCCAGGAUCCACUAGUUUUGUUACAGCCACAGUGCUUAAGGGCAGUUCUGUUGGACUGGAUUCCAUUUCUAGAAGAUGUAUUUGGAUUUAAGGCAGCUGCCAGUUUAGAAGACAACUCAUCUAAGAUAGGCAAAGAGAUGCCUUUGCAAUCUGAAGAACAGCAAGUGUUUGGAGAAAAUGUGGAAAUGGAUCGACACAAUGAACUUGUAGAUAAGGAACAGUUACCUGUCUUGAGAACAAACUGUGAAAAUAAUGGUGUAAAUAAAGGACAAAAAGACACCUGGAAAGAAAAUACUAGGUCAAAUACUAACAGUCAGGUUGAUAAAAUACUGAGCAAACAAACUAAAUCAGAGGCCACCUCUAACCAGUCUCGUCAGAUUUAUUCCCCAUGUUUCAUACCACAAAACAUUCAAAAGGAUCUGGUAGAGCUGACAACUUUAUGUUUUGAAUUAAAUGUGUAUGAGUAUUCACAAAUAAAUGGUGAACAGUGUAUACAGCCAGAGGUUUCACAUGCCUUGGCUUGUAGAUUCAUAAAAGACUACUUUUUUCUUCUGGAUGUGGAAAGGCUGAAGAAGUGUAUUAUAACCUGUCACAGUAAUCAUCCCAAAGUUUGGGAAACCUAUGUGGAAAGAAUAAAAGAACUGACUCAGACUAGUCCAGUCACUAAGGCAUUGGAAAGUGGAAAUAUGUUUCAAACACUGAAAUUGCUAGUUGAUCUCGGUCCCUGGGAUGCUCCUGUGUUGCUAGCACAUACACUCAGGCUUUAUGAAAAAUUUGGAGAGACUUCUCUAAGGCCCCUGAUCAAGUUCUAUCCCUCUAUUUUGCCUUCAGAUAUCAAGCAAAUUUGUAAAAGCAAUCCUGAGCAUUUUCUAGCAUAUUUAGACAGUCUAAUCAAAUCAAAGGCUGAAGAUGAACGGUUAUCUUUUCUUGGAUCUCUUCUUCAUCCUGAAUCAUUGCAGUUAGAAUGGUUAUGUUUGGCAGUUUCUCAAGAUGCCCCACAUACAUCAAGUACAAUGGAUGCCCAAGGAAAUCCACGGCCCCAUUCACAUUUAUUUACUUGGGGAUAUAACCAGCUAAUUUUACUAUUGCUUAAACUCCCAGUGGAUACUGUAACAAAAAAGAAGAUGUCUGACAUAUGCAAAAGCUAUGGCUUCUGGCCUGGGUAUCUUUCUCUCUGUUUGGAGCUGGAUAGAAGAGCUGAAGCCCUUACUAAUAUUGUUCAUUUGGAUGAUAUGAACUUGUUGGAUAGAGAACAUGGAGCAAUACCAGAGACAGUGGAAGAAUGGAAAUUCCUUCUUUGCCUUGUAAAGAGUUGUCACAGUAGUGUCCUUCAUCCAGCUACGCAAAAUGGCAGUGCUGUUAGUAAUGGUACUUCAGAUUGGUCAAAUACCGUAACCAUUGAAAAUGUGGCUCUCCUGUUGGCCAGAGUAAUUGGUCCCGAUCGGGCUUUGCAGCUAUUGCAGGAAUGUGGCCUGAUGGUUGAAUUAUCUGAAAGAUUUGCCAAGGUCUGUGAGAUACUCAGAAUUGCUGAAAAAAGGCAAAGAGCCCUUAUUCAGUCCAUGUUGGAAAGAUGUGACCGAUUUUUGUGGUCUCAACAAGCAUAGCACACAAUUCUGGAAGAAAAUGACAGUAAUAAGAAACAUGCUGAAACUUUUUCCAGAAAAGUUUUCCUGACUAGGAAAAGGUGCAUUUAGUCAGAUUUGCAGGAAAAAUAGAGGUAACGGAAGCUCCAUUUUCUACUCGGUAUCCAUCAUUCAGUAUCUGAAAGUAUGUUUCCAAUUGUUAAAAGUGCCAGAUAAUGUUGCUGCUAGCUCAGCAGGAAUACUCCUAUGUGGUAACCACUUUCCACUACUAUUGUUAAGUUUAGGCCUGAAGAUGGGAUUCUUUAUGUAGGAAGACGUGAUGCAUAUUCAGCAUGUAAAUUUCAAAUGAUUAACUUCCAUCACAUUUUUAGCAGAUUGUCCUGUGGGUUACAAGAAGCUGCACAUCAGUGAAUGUAUGUAACUGCACAGCGUAGGUUUAUAAUAAUUGAAAAUGAGUUAAAUUGAAGAGUCCUGUCAAACAGCUCUUGAUUCUGUAUAUUGUUCAAGUAAGCAUGAAAGGAUGUUAAAAUACCUAACCUCCAAAUAUAUAUGAAUAUACCAGUGUAAAAUUUUAUUAGUUUUAUUUUGAAUUUGAAAUGGUAAUCAACAGAAUCGAGAUCCAAAUCUAACUGAAAACAGACACUGGCAAAACCUGCAUAUAUUAAAAACUGUAUAAUGUUGUAAUCUGACAUUAAGUGUAUAUAAUCUUGUAUAUUAUGGUGAAUUGCUCUCCCAAUUACACACAGCCUAAAGCAUUUAUGAAGAAAAUGUUUUGCACUGUGUUUUUGUUUACAUCUUUAUAUAAUGACAGUAUCCUAAUUUACUCUGUACCCAACUAUGCAUGCAUAAGAUUGUAUUCAUCAAACUGGAACAAAUAAGGUGUUUAGUUCCUUUUAAACCAGUGCUGGGUUCCUCUUUUCUUUUUGCAUUGCUGUACUGUUUUUAGAAAUUGCAUAUCAUGAAAUGCACUUAACACUUCUGUUAAUGUCAUUGGGUAUUUGAUCAAAAGAUAUGCACAUAAUUUGGUAUCUAUUUGUAUGUUAAGAUUAUUUAAUUUCUGCUUCAAUUUUGAGAAGGUUUAGAUCCAAAGUAUUUACAUUUAUUUCUGCUUCUUCUGCUCCCCCUUCUGGCAGUAAUUCCCCGCAUCUUCUGAAAAAGCUCCCCUGAAGGUUGGGAGGGACCCCCUAGAUUGGCUUUUUGGGGAAUGUAAGUUGUUGUGUAUUGGGGGGUGGUGGAAUUGGGAACCUCCCUCACCAUGCAUACAUGAUACUGCUUUUUUGCUACUACACUGGGGUGAUCUGAAUCCAAGACACUAAAUUGUGCCUGUUAGAUAUUGGGUGAUAUCCAAUGCUAAGUAUGACUUAGUUGGAUAUCACCCAUUGUGCUUGUAUUCUAUAGAUUCAAGCCAUGCAGUGUUUAUUCAUCACUAGUGACUUAUUGAAGCUUGGUAAUUGAGGCAAGGGAAAGGUUACAGAAUUGUGUUAUAUUUUUGCAGUCCUUCAGCUGAAAAGUGAAAUGGUAUAAUUGCUUCAUCUUGUAUCCUAAGGUUUACUGUACAGCCUUGUAAGGAUAUACAUUUCAUCUGCUACUUGUGAGUUCUCUCUAAACUUGCAUGCUUAACAAACCGUUAGACAUGGUUUCUUUUUGGGGUGGGGCCUUGUCUUUUUUAGGCAACAGUUCAGAGUCCUGUUAGCCAUGUGCAACAGCAUGAUGCCAGGGUGGUCUCCACUUUCCCCACAGCAGCUUCUUAGACUUGUGCUGUUCCCUUGAUUUGGGGGCAGGUUUAAUUAGCACUACAGAGGUUGCUUCCAGAAAGAUAGGAUCAGAAACCUUGUGCUGUGUCGAGCUCACCAUGCAGUCCUAUUAUGUAAAUCAUUGUUUACUACCUCACAUUGGGUAAUAUCCAAAAUUAAUCAUACUCAGGAUAGACUAAGUUCAUUGAUUUCAAUGGGUCUAUUCUGAGUAUGAAUUAGUUGGAUAUCACUUACUGGUUUGGGCAUAAAUGGAUAGUUUUAAGAUGCACAAAAUAAUGAAAUGGUACUUUUACACAGGAUGCAGUGCAGAUUUUUCUGAAAACAAUGUGAUGUGGAACAAAAUGUUUAUGAAACAAUGUUUUGUACUGUGCCGUGACUUGCUAUUUCUGUUCUUCAAAUAAAUUAUUUAAUUGUAAGCAUA